AUGUCUGCUCAAGUACUACCCAAGAAACGGUCAAAAGAAGAUAGGAGGAUCAAUAGUCACCAUAAUUCAUCAUCGGGUCAUAUAUCUCAUCACACUGCUUCUCGACUGACACCCCAGUCGAACCGCGUUAUAUCUGGUAAUCAAAACACCAGCGCAAGGAGGGUGAUACUGAACAGAGUUGUGUCUCAUACACGACAUGUCAGCCGUAGCCUUGCCCAAGAUGAUUUGAGCAAUGAGUCGUUUGAGGAGGUGGGGAUCGGUUUCAAUGAAAAUAAACAUCAGAUUUUGACAAAUUUUGAAGAAUGGAUCAAGAUGUCAACUGACAACAAAAUCAAUAUUAAAAACUCGUGGCAAUUUGCAUUGAUUGAUUAUUUUCAUGAUUUGAAUGUUAUAAAAGAUGGCGAUCAUAUCAAUUUCCAACGUGCUUCGGCAACUUUAGAUGGAUGUAUAAAGAUUUAUUCAAACAGAAUUGACUCUGCUGCUACUGAGACUGGAAAGCUAUUGAGUGGGUUAGCUUCAAAGCAGAAUGACAAGCAAAGGACCAAUGCCUCAGCAGAUGAUGAUGACGAUGGAGAUGCAGCUAAUGGUGAAAGAGUGGCAUCAGAUAACGAAGAAGAGAAUGAAGAUGGAGGAAAGAAGAAACGAAAGGUGAAUAAAGUUGUUGAGUCAACGCUUGUAGACUUUGACAAUAUAAGGAUAAAGAAAUUGGACCAAGAGUUGGCAAUCGAUCCACUAUUCAAAAAAGCCCUUGCCGAGUUUGACGAAGGAGGUGCCAAAAGUUUAUUGUUGAAUUCAUUGAGUAUCGAUCCAUCGGGUAGGGUUGUAUUUGACGCUACGUCUACCCAAAAUGCUCAAGAAGAUGAGGAGACUAGUGAGGAAAAUUUGAAUGAUGAUGCAGACGUGGAUAUUACUGAUCUUGGACGUAUUUUAUUUGAAGACAAGGUCCCAAUGGAGGAGAAAACGAUAUGCCCCUCUCUUGAUGAAUUCAGAUCAGCUUUGGACGAUCUAACGAAAGCAAAGGGCAUACUCAAUGAUUUUAACACCAGAAUCAAUGAUGCGCAGGAGGUUGAGUUUGAGCAAAAUAAUUACGAUAUGGAUAAUGAUUUCGGAUUCGAUGACUUUGGUGACCACGAAGAUUUAAAUUCAAACGCAAACGACAAUGACCUCUUCAAUCAUGUCAACGAAAGUGUUAUGCAAAAACUAUUUGAGGAAAAACCAGAUCCGUAUGUGCAGUCAAAAACCAACACGGCGCUACUAGAUGAAGAUUUGAUGAACUACUUUGAUGAAAAAAUGAAAAUAAGUUGGGCGGGGCCAGAACAUUGGAAAGUAUCUGCUUUCAAAAAGGCAAACAACAUUGAUCAAUCUGCAAAAGAGAAGAAACCAGAGAUUGCAGUACCCAAAAAGAAGAAAAAUGUUUCAACCAUUGACUUUUUCAGUGAGGAGAAUGUGGAUGAGGAUCUGCUAUUCAAACUGCAUAAAGACCCCAAUUUCAUCAACUUGAAAUCGAUUAACAUCUUUGAAGUUUAUGAUGCUGAUACAUUUGAGGAGAUGAAAGAAAAGAGUCUUCUACCGGAUGAUAUUAAAUUCACAUCUUCUAGACUAGUUAGCUUGAUCCAGAAACCAGACACGCCCAUCAUGUACUUCCCUAGGCACCCAAUUGCUUAUGAUACAAGUGAACCAGGUAAAUUAACAGACUCGAAUUUCUUUGCAGAGCAAUACCAAGCCAGAGAAACUCAAGAACAAGAGGACGAAAACCCUCAUGAUAGGGAUAGAUUGGCAAAUUCAUUCCACCAGGCUGAGUAUGACGAUUUCGAUAAUGACUAUGACGGCAUAGAUUUCAACGAUGCCCUAGAAGAUGUACCAGAACAUGGUGGAGCUGGACAGGAUUCAUAUCCAAUGACUCAAGGAACUGAAUCACAGAUUAACUCACAAUCAGCGGGACUCAUUGGCAAGAGAAGAACAGAGUUUGUUAAUUUUUCGCGUGUUGCUAAAAGAGUCGACAUCAAGCUUUUAAAGGAUAAUAUUUGGAGAGCAAUGAUUGACGGUGUGGGCGAAUCUCAAGAAGCAGACAGCGAUGAGCAGAAUGAGAACCAACCAAGAAGGAUUAAAUUCAACGAAGUGAUUAGAAGAGUUAAAACAAGGUACACACUGGAGCAAGUCAAGGAGCUAUCCACCAGUUUCUGUUUCAUUUGUGUUUUACAUUUGGCAAACGAACAUGGUUUGACUAUUGAAGGUAACGAGGCCAACGAUAAUUUGGAAAUAAUAGGGGUUUAA